AUGGCCACACACGUAGGUUAUAACAACACCAACAUGGUUACUGCUCCUUACGGCGAUCACUGGAGGAAUCUCCGCCGCAUCGCCACCGUAGAAAUAUUCUCUACUCAAAGGAUCAGUAACUUUUUGUCUAUCCGUAAAGACGAGAUCCGACGGCUCGUAACACACCUCUCCACAAUCUCCUCACACAGAUUUGUUGAAGUGGAGAUGAAAUCAUUAUUAGCCAACUUGGCAUUCAACAACCUCAUCAUGAUGGUCGCCGGAAAGCGAUAUUACGGUGGCGGCACAGAAGAUAACGACGAAGCAAAACUCGUGAGGGAGCUUAUAUCGGAGGCGUUGGCCGGAGCCGGUACCGGAAACCUAGCUGACUAUCUAACGAUCAUACGUUGGGUCACAAAUUUUGAGAAACGGACCAAAAGUUUGGGGAAUAGAUUCGAUGGAUUCUUGCAAAGACUGGUUGAUGAAAAACGUGAAAAGAACAAAAAAGGUCAAACUUUGAUCGAUCACUUGCUUUCUCUCCAAGAAAUCCAUCCCGAUUACUAUACGGAUAUCACCAUAAAAGGAAUCAUAUUCGCUCUAGUAGUUGCGGGGACAGAUACAUCAGCAGUAACGUUAGAAUGNGCAAUGUCGAAUUUGUUGAACCAUCCAGAGAUACUUAAGAAAGCAAGAACCGAAAUCGAUGAUAAAAUCGGUUUAAACCGGUUACUUGAGGAAUCAGACAUUGUAAACCUUCCUUAUCUUCAAAACAUUGUGUUGGAAACACUACGUUUGUAUCCUGCGGUUCCUCUACUACCUCACUUCUCAUCGGAUGAUUGUAAAGUUGCGGGCUACGAUAUGCCACGUGGCACGACGUUGUUAACAAACGCAUGGGCUAUGCAUAGAGAUCCAAUUUUAUGGGAAGAGCCAGAGAAGUUCAAGCCAGAGAGAUUCGAGAAAGAAGGAGAGGCUCAAAAGCUAAUGCCGUUUGGGAUGGGACGAAGAGCUUGUCCUGGAGCUGAACUUGGAAAGAGGUUAGUGAGUUUGGCUCUUGGAUGUUUGGUUCAAUGUUUCGAGUGGGAAAGAAUUGGUGAAGAACUUGUGGACAUGAGUGAAGACAAAGGGCUUACUAUGCCUAAAGCCACUCCGUUGCGGGCUAUGUGCAAGGCACGUACCGUUGCUAAUACAAGGAUCCAAGCCUGUGUCUAUCCAUUCAUUUGUAUUCAAUCAAGAGGCAUCGAAAAGAUUUGUCUCCGACUCUCUAAACCAAACAAGAACCUUCCACCGUCGCCACGUAUAUGUUUUCCGAUCAUCGGACACCUUCACCUCCUCAAACAGCCGUUGCUUCACCGUACUCUCAGCCGUCUCUCGCACUCCCUUGGCCCCGUGUUCUCUCUUCGCCUCGGCUCUCGCUUCGCCGUUGUGGUCUCGUCUCCGGCCGCAGCGGAAGAAUGUUUCUUGACUAAAAACGACAUCGUUUUAGCGAACCGGCCUCGUUACACCAUGGGAAAAUACGUGGCCUAUGACUGGACUGCCAUGGUUACGGCUCCUUAUGGUGACCACUGGCGAAACCUCCGUCGUAUCACCGCCUUGGAAGUCUUCUCGACGUAUAGACUCAACGGCUCAGCGGAAAUCCGACACGACGAAGUAAAGAGGCUUCUCCAAAAGCUUCACGGUUUAUCCGUUGAACGCCCGGCUAAAGUAGAGUUGCGACCAUUACUCACAGGUCUUACCCUAAACGUGAUAAUGAGAAUGAUGACCGGAAAGAGAUUUUUCGAGGAAAAUGAAGAAGGCGGAAAGGCAGAGAUAAGCUUAGAGUUCCGGGAGCUAGUUGCGGAGAUAUUAGAGGUUUCUGCGGUUGGAAAUCCCGCGGAUUUUUUGCCCGCUCUACAAUGGUUUGACUACAAUGGUUUAAUUAAGAGAGCAAAGAGAAUUGGGGAAAACAUGGAUAGUUUCUUACAAGUAUUUUUGGAUGAGCAUAGAGCUAACAAAGAAAGAUUGGAGUUUAAGAACACCAUGAUUGCUCAUUUGCUUGAUUCUCAAGAAAAAGAGCCUCAUUACUACAAUGAUGUUACCAUCAAAGGUCUCAUUCUGAUGAUGGUAAUAGGAGGUACAGAUACAUCUGCCUUAACCUUGGAAUGGGCAAUGUCAAAUCUAUUGAAUCAUCCACAAGUACUAGAGAACACGAGACGAAACAUUGAUACUCAAAUGGAAUCAUCGUCAUCAAGUAAUCGUCGUUUGUUGAAAGAAGAAGAUUUGGUGAAUAUGAACUACUUGAACAAUGUUGUGUCCGAGACACUAAGGCUUUACCCUGUGGCACCACUUAUGGUUCCUCAUUAUUCAUCUUCUGGUUGUGUGAUCGGUGGCUUUGAUGUUCCACGUGAUACAAUCGUGAUGGUUAAUAUAUGGGCUAUACAAAGAGAUCCAAGCGUGUGGGAUGAUCCGACGUCGUUUAAGCCUGAGAGAUUUGAAGAGGGUAAUGAGUUUGGGUCACAUUUUAGUGGUAAGAUGAUGCCGUUUGGGUUAGGGAGACGGGUUUGUCCCGGGUUGGGUUUGGCUAACCGGGUUGUUGGGUUGUUGUUGGGUUCGAUGAUUCAAUGCUUUGAAUGGGAGAGUGGCUCGGGUGGUCCGGUUGAUAUGACUGAAGGUCCGGGACUUAGCAUGCCUAAGGCUGAACCAUUGGUUGUCACGUGCAGACCACGUGAGGUAACUUCCGACUUGCUCUGUUCUUAA